AUGACAGGCGGCACGAUAUGCAUGCAGCGCUCUGAUUCCGGCUUCAUCCCCGCACGCGGCUUUCAGAAGACUGCGCUGGAGCCUGUCCCCAUCUUCAAUGACAAAUCCAACCCCAAACCCCUCGACGUCGUCAUUAACGGCAUAGGUGAGCGGCGACUACACGAUAGCCUCCGCACACUACCAACCUCCUAUGGCGGCCGCGUCCGCUACACAGUCUUCGAAUUCGAUGAACUGCUCGACAGCAGCUCAAUCGACUCGAAGGGCUGGGCCCAAAUCGCCCUCACUAUCUCCUGGAACUACACGCUCUUCGAUGCCUUCGUUGUCCUGCAUGGUACGGACAGUCUGGCCUACACAUGCUCCGCACUCAGCUUCAUGCUGCGCAACCUAGGGAAACCAGUGAUAUUGACCGGGUCGCAGGCCCCCAUGCUUGAGUUGCAGAACGACGCUACGAACAAUCUCCUCGGCUCGCUGGUGAUCGCGGGCAAUUUCAUGAUUCCGGAAGUAUGUUUGUAUUUUAACUAUAAGCUGCUGCGGGGGAACCGGGCAACUAAAGUGUCCGCGAGCGCAUUUGCAGCGUUCGAUUCGCCAAAUUUCGCGCCCCUGGCUGUCACAACGGCCAUGAAGACGAAUGUGGCGUGGGAUCUUGUACAUAGGCCGACGCAUAUUGAGCAUUUUAGCAUCCAGGUCAACCUGGAUACAACGCAUGUGGCCUGUCUGAGGAUAUUCCCUGGAAUUAAGCCAGAGAUGGUGGACGCCGUGUUGCGGUUGGAGGGAUUAAAGGGCCUUGUGCUCGAGACGUUUGGCGCCGGAAAUGCACCAGGUGGUCAGGAUAAUGCAAUGACGGACGUGCUCGCGGCUGCGAUUAAGCGCGGGAUUGUUAUUGUAAAUGUCACGCAAUGCCUUUCCGGUUUUGUCAGCCCAGUUUAUGCUCCAGGAAUGACCCUCUACCGUGCCGGCGUUGUUGCUGGUCAAGAUAUGACGACGGAAGCUGCAUUGACUAAACUUGCCUACCUACUUGCUCUUCCCGGGGCAACCCCUCAAUCUGUCGCGCGCGACAUGUCCAUCUCCCUUCAUGGAGAACUUACUGAACACUCACAGCCACUUUUCGAACACCCAGACGGCGCUUUACCACAACGAGUCAAGAGUUUGGCUGCACUGGGCUACGCGAUUGCGCAUGGAGACCUCGAGAAAGUGAAGGAUAUCCUCCGUGGUGAGGAGGAGUGGAUUUUGAAUGAUGCUGAUUAUUCAGGGAAUACUCCAUUGUUUCCAUCCAUUCCUUUCCCCGAGUGUGUGAUUUUUACUGGGAGCGGACGUGGAAAGCAGGAAGAGGAAGAAGUAGUAAUAGGGACGCCCCCGCGCGCCUGUUAA